AUGGAAACAAGAAAGAUGGGACAGUUGAGUACCGUAGCACCAAAGCGAAUGCGAGUCGAUAUAUGGCUCGAUGUUCUGUGGGUAGGUGAUGGUUGGGCGCCACCGUUAAGAGACCGGAAUAGUUUAAAAGUCGAAGUCCAUCGUGUCGCUGUGAUGUUAAGUGGUCCAGACUUGGUUGAUAAUCUUGAAAGACGUCAAGAGUUAUUGAAUUAUUUUCGAGAAGCACUUGGUCUUGAAAUGGAGGGUGCAGGUAGGAAGUAGAUCUGGGUCCUCUGGCGUCUGUGCACAAUAUUAGCAAACAGCCUAAAACCGGAGUGUAAACUUCUCAACCUGUAGUUUAUAUGUAGCUAUUUACAUUUACGUAAAAUAAUAAACAACUUAACCUACCUCGUUAUUGAUAAUCGAUCUCAACUUCUUUUAGCCUGUGGAAGAUCUAACUCGUAUCCAAGGGCGGGUAGUAGCAAAGUAGCUUUAGUUCGCUACUGUAACGAACUACAAUUUUCAAGUAGCCAGUAGUUUUUCCGACUACUUUUUUAAAACAGUAGCUGUAGUUAUAGCGAACUACAUUUUGCCUAAAGGUAGCCAAGUAGUUGACUACUUUUCAAACAGCGAAUCGCUAUUCGCUACUUUUUAAAACUGUUAGCAACUAAAUAGAAUAGCACGAUAUUGAUCGAGACACGGCUUGCAUAAAACUGAUCAAUACUCAAUAGUCAAUUUGCACUCCUGAACACUGUAGUGCUUACAAAAAUGUUGAUUUGUGUUUACUGUUGCUACUCGUAAUGUCGAUUUGUUAUAAGUUACGCUGAGUUAGUAGAUGCUCCAAAUUGCAGUAAAACUAAAAAAUAUAGCGUAGCGAAAUAGUUCGCUACAUUUUUUAAGCAGUAGCUGUAGUCAGUAGCGAACUACCUUUGUUCAAAAGUAGCAGUAGUUGUAGCUGACUACAUAUUUUUGAAGUAGCUGUAGUUAUAGGGAACUACAAAAAUCUUGUAGCCAACCCACCCUUGCUCGUAUCCUUAUGAACUCAGACCUUUCUUUAAUUAAUUCUUUCUUAAUUUAUUUCCCAUGUACAUUACAAUUAUUAAUACAUUAUUACAAAAUAAAUAUUUGGGCUAGAGUCGAGAAUAAAUAUUUGAGUGAGAAAUAAAUAAUUGGACUGUGACUAGCUACAGCCAACUGACGUCAGCAAAAGAGGCUAACCUGUUACAAGCUAGGGAACGAAUAUCAUUAUGAAAUGGGAUCCGUUGAGGGUUGGAUAAAUUCUACUGCACAGAAUUUAGCAGAUAUUUUUAACCCACAACAUGAUAGGCCAUGAUGCAUCAUUACUGCUAAAUGGGUUAGCAUGAUGCCUAUAACAUUCUGCAUAUUGACAUUUGUUUUCAAAAUCUAGGUCUACAUGCAGCAGCAUAUGAUCUUGGCAUAGAAUGGGCUGUUAUCAAAGGAGUGGCAGAUUUUAAUGAUGGAAGUAAAUCAGUGACUGGAAGUAAAACCGUGAUUGGAAGCAAUUUGCCAGUGUAA